CAAGCUGACCAGAAAGACUGGAAUUUCAUCUAUCUCUUUAUCCCCUCCCCCUCUCUGUCUUUCUUUCUGUCGCCCACUCAUUGGAUUUCUCUCUCUGCCAGUCUUUUAAACCAGAGAUUACUGGGUCAGUGACAUUCAUUAUUUCUUUUAUUCUAGUAUGAUCUCGUGUUCAGCCUCCUGGAGAAACACUGCUACCUGAUUAACAAACCCUAAAAGUACUCUGGGAACACAUUCGUCAUUUUGUCAGGCUUGACCAAUGAAUUUUAUAUAAACCCAAGGAUAUUUUGAGAGGACCCUGUCCAAAUUUCUGUCAAGGAGUGCAUCUUAAUAGAAAACAUGUGGUACAUUGUUACCUGUGACUAACAUUUUGGUCCUUCAUUAUACGGUGAAAAUCUGCUGGCAGAGAAAAAGAAGACUUCUUAUGUUAAGAAGAUUUUCACUGGUGGAGAAGAGCUGGCACCCCCUUGUAAUAUGAAGCCCUUUGAGAAAAGCUGGUUGUUUCUACUGCUGUUUGUUGUACGAAGAGUUGUAUGCUCCUCCUUUAUUAGUGUCAACCUUGGGGUGAAAGUGAUGAAGGGACAGUCUGUCUUCCUGUCCGAAGAUGACCUCAAGUUUUCCAUCCCCGGAGAGAAGGAUGACUGCAAAGUAGAAGUUGUGAUUAAUGAGCCAAUAACACAGAGGGUUGGGAAACUAACUCCACAGGUUUUUGACUGUCACUUCCUUCCUAAUGAAGUAAAAUAUACCCACAAUGGCUGUCCGAUUUUAGAUGAAGACACAAUCAUGCUUAGGCUGUACAGAUUUACAGAAACUGAAACAUUUGUUGAAACAUUCACGCUCCAUGUGCAGUUGCUUGAGCCAGACUGCAACAUCAUCAAAAUGCGCCCCGGUGCCCUGGAGGUCCCUGAGUACUAUGGUCUCUCCAGAGCAAUUGACAAGAAUGUCCUCACUUUUGACUAUGACAGGAAGAUAAAUCUGGAUUGCACCAUUUCCAUAGCCUCUUCGGAAACCCACCUGCCUGCUCAUGGACAGCUCAUCACCAGGGACGUGCAGCAAGAGCAGCUUCGUGGAGACCAGCUACAGCACUUCUUCUCUGGCCCUAAGCACACCCUGGGCCAGCAGUGCAGAAAUGGAAGCUGCAUGCUGGGGCUGGGAGUCAUUCACAACACAAAAAUGAGCUGCGAUGAAUUUCUGAGGAUGGGGAUUCGAUAUCGGCACCUUGAUCCUCCCUCUCCUGACACCGAUUAUAUUCCUGUGAGGUUGGAUCUCACAGACAGCAGAAGUAAAACUCUGCACAAGACUGAGUAUGCGUGGCUCCCUGUUCAUAUUAAAGGUGCCAGUCCCAAUCAGAUACCCAAAGCUGCCCCGAUGGCAAAGUUCAUCCUGGAAGUAGAUCAAUUUAUUUUAACCCCCAUUACAACCACAACUGUUGAUGCUGAAGACAACGAAACUCCAAAGUCCCUGCUUGUAUUCAACAUUACCAAGCCACCUCCACAGGGCUUCAUCACUCAUCUAUCUGACCACACAAAACCUGUUGGUUCCUUCACGUGGAAAGAUCUCAGUGACAUGCUCAUUGCUUAUCAGCCUCCAAAUAGGAGCCACACAGAGAGAAGGAAUUAUGAGGUGGAGUUUGAGGUUCAUGAUUUCUACUUUGAAAGGAGUUUACCAAUCACUGUGCAUCUUUCUAUCAGAACAGCAGAUACGAAUGCUCCUAGGGUUUCAUGGAAUACAGGCCUCAGCCUCUUGGAAGGGCAAUCCCGGCCGAUUACAUGGAAACACUUCCAAAUUGUGGACAACGAUGACAUCCAAAAUGUUUGCUUGGUCACAGUUGAUGGCUUACAGCACGGUCGGCUCACGGUGAGAGGAGGGAAAGGAUUCAUGUUCACAGUCUCUGACAUUCAGGCUGGAGUUGUUCACUACCAUCAUGAUGACAGUGAUUCUACUAAGGACUUUGUGGUGUUUAGGAUUUUUGAUGGCCACCACAGUAUUCGCCAUAAAUUUCCAAUCAAUAUCCUCCCUAAAGAUGACAGCCCUCCAUUUCUUAUCAGCAAUGUGGUCGUUGAAGUUCACGAGGGACAGACGAUUCUGAUUCAGGGCUCCAUGCUUCAUGCUUCUGACAUGGAUUCCAGUGAUGAUUACAUACUAUUCAAUAUUACCAAUCCACCACGGGCUGGAGAAAUCAUGAAGAAACCAGGACCAAACUUGACAGGGUACUCUGUCAGCAGUUUUCUUCAGAGGGAUCUAUUUAAUGGAAUAAUUUAUUAUCGCCAUUUGGGAGGAGAAGUAUUUGAAGAUUCCCUUGAGUUUGUGCUGUGUGAUAGCCAUGACCCUCCCAAUCUCUCAGAGCCACAGGUGAUGAUGGUACACAUUGUCCCUGUGGACGAUCAGCUACCCAGAGAAGCCCCAGGAACAACCCGUCACCUGGUUGUUAAGGAGACUGAGAUUGCUCACCUAACAAAGAAACAUCUCCACUUCAUGGAUGUGGAAGAGCAAGACAGGGAACUCACAUACACCAUAACCACUUCCCCAUUUUUCUCUUGCAUGCCUGGCCAUUCAGAUGCUGGGAAGCUGUUUAUGGUGGACACCAUCCCCAGGCUGGUCAAGGAUCCUGCUGCUCUUGCACUGCAGUCAUUUACUCAGCAUGCUGUAAACUAUAUGAAAGUUGCCUAUAUGCCACCGCUGCAGGAUAUUGGGCCUGAACCUCAGCAAGCCCAGUUUAUUUUCUCUGUCAGCAAUCAGCAUGGUGGCACUUUGCAUGGGAUCUGCUUCAAUAUUACGAUUCUUCCCGUGGACAAUCAAGCUCCAGAGGUUUUUACAAGCCAUUUGAGAGUGGAAGAGGGUGGCCUGAGCCCUGUCACAGAGGAACACAUUCUCAUCUCUGAUGUGGACACAAAACGGGACCAUCUCCUUCUCUUCCUGCAGAGGCAGCCUCAGCAUGGGGUGGUGGAGCUGGAUGGCAUUUCCAUGAAUGAAGGAGACAGGCUUUCCUGUGGGGACCUGCAUACACUGGCAGUCAGGUAUCGGCAUGAUGGCUCUGAGACUCUCACUGAUGAUAUCCUCUUUGUAGCCACAGAUGGCAUUCAUUUUGUAGACUUCAUCCUGCAAGUCAAGGUAUCGCCUGUGAAUGACGAGUUACCUGUUAUGCAAACAGACCUUGUUCCUGUGCUCCACUGCCUGGAGGGUGAAGAAGUGGUCCUCUCCUCAGAGUACAUUUAUGCCACAGAUGCAGACAGCGAUGACAUGAAACUGAUGUUUAUGCUGGCUCGCCAGCCCUACCAUGGGGUAGUGAGGAAAGCUGGCAUUGCCGUGGAUCGUUUCUCCCAAGCUGAUGUCAUCUCUGGUUUAAUCACAUAUAAGCACACUAGUGGGGAGAUUGGCCUGACUCCUCGCAUUGAGAUCUUAACCUUUGUUGUCUCUGAUGUUGUGGCUGGCCUAGAUGUGAAAGACUGCUGUUACAAUGGACCUCUUCCUUCUCCAGUGCCGCGUCAUGAUGCAUUUCCAGUAUAUGACCUCAACGUCACUGUACUUCCAGUAGACAACCAGCCUCCAUCAAUUGCAACUGGUGCAAGGUUUGUGGUGGAGGAGGGCUCCUCAGCAGCCCUUACCACCAACCAUUUGUUUGCCAUUGACCCUGACACCACUGCAGAUGACUUAGAGUUUGUCUUGGUUUCCCCUCCCCAGUUUGGUUACAUUGAAAACAUACUGCCUUCUCCUGGGUUUGAGAAGAGCAACACUGGUAUAAGUAUAGCUUCGUUUCAGCUGAAGCACCUGAAAGCUCUGAACAUAAACUAUGUACAAGCCAGGCACAUGCGAAUGGAGCCAACAGCAGACCACUUUGUACUUUAUGUCACUGAUGGGCUGCAUCACUCAGCAGAGACUCCAUUUUUCGUGUGGAUCAACCCAACCAACGAUGAAGUCCCAGAUUUCAUAGCAAGGAAUAUUACCGUCCGAGAGGGGGAUAUGAAAGAGUUGGAUCUCUCUGUUAUCAAUGCGGUUGAUCUGGAUGUUCCUCAAGACCGUUUGGUAUUUGAGGUUGUGCAGAGGCCCUUGUAUGGGUUCCUUAUUAAUGGAGUUCAUGGCAAUGAUAUUCUGCACUAUAAACAGUUAAUUAACCAUGACCACCACAGCCAUGUGUUGCUUGUUCAUGACUUUUCCAUGGAGCUACUGAAGAACGGAAUGAAGCUGAUGUACUUGCAUGACAAUUCGGAAAACCUCACUGACAGCUUUAAAAUCCAGCUAUCAGAUGGGAAACAUAAAGUCCUCAGAACCAUUUCAGUAAAGGUCAUCCCGGUUAAUGAUGAGAAACCACUGCUGAGCAAGAAGGAUGAUAUAGACGUGAACAUGGGUGAAACUCGAAUAAUUUCUGGUGCUGUUCUGUCAGCAGAAGAUAAAGAUACCCCUAGGGAAAGAAUUUACUACUUAUUUGAAACACUUCCAGAAAACGGUCAGCUUCAGCUCAAGUUAGACCAAGGAUGGAUGACUCUCCAAACUGGAAUGAAGUGCACUCAGGAAGAACUGGAUAUGAACCUUGUGAGAUAUGUCCAUACAGGAGCUACAGGGUCCAAGAACCAAGACAGCUUCAAGUUUUAUCUGUGGGAUGGGUACAACAGAUCCCCAGCUGUGGACUUCUACAUAAAUAUCAAGGACACGGAAAAGGGAGACAUUGCUGUUUUCUUAAAACCUCUUAGAGUGCCAAAAGGGGGUCGGGGCUACAUUACAACUGAUGUCCUCCUUGCACUGGAUGGUACUGACAAACCAGAGGAGCUCCUCUGUGUGAUAACUUCCCCACCCCAGUAUGGACAAAUAGAAUACAUCAGCUAUCCGGGUAUCCCCAUUACAAGCUUCAGUCAAAUGGAUGUAGCAAGACAGAUAGUCUGCUAUGUUCACAACACAAAGGCAGCUGUUUCUGAAGAUACAUUCAGAUUCGUCAUCAGCAACGGACUGAGGACUAAGCAUGGGACAUUCAUGAUCUCCCUGGAGGCAGCCGACCAAGCUUUGCCCACACUGUCUAGGAACAUGGGGUUAAGAUUAGUGGAAGGCACUGUGGCACUCCUUUCUCCCGAUGUCCUGCAGCUUUCAGACCCAGACACUGCCAAAGAAAACCUUACCUUCCUUUUGGCUCAGCUCCCCCAGUAUGGUCAUCUCUAUUAUCGAGGGGCUGUGCUACUGGAGUACAACUUCACCCAGCAAGAUGUGGACAACGGGGAUGUUGCAUACAGGCACCGAGGUGGGCAAUCUCAGAUUGACAGAUUUACGUUUGUUGCAACAGAUAAAACUAAUCAAGGCUUCAUCGUGAAUGGGAGGGUGCAGAGUGAGCCAGUGGCAUUCACCAUUCAGGUGGAUCAUUUGGACAAAAUGGCACCAAAAAUUAUUCAUCUCCAUUGCUUUUCUGAUGUGGAAAUGCUGAAGAAUGGCAAUUACGGGAUCUAUAUUACUGCCAGGUCCCUGAAGGCAUCUGACCCCAAUACAGAAGAUGACAAAAUAAUUUUUAAGAUUUUACAAGGUCCUUAUUAUGGCUACCUGGAAAAUGUAACAACAGGUGGUCUUAUUCAGGAAAGGUUUAGCCAAAAGGAUUUAAACAGCAAAAUCAUACUUUAUGUCAUCAAUACAUCACAGGAAGUGAAUUCAGACAGCUUGGAGUUUCAAGUCACAGAUGCCAGUGGAAACUCCGCGGUGCCCCAGAGGCUGGAGCUGCGAUGGUCUCGGAUUGAAAUGCAACAGACUGAAUAUGAAGUGUGUGAGAGUGUGGGAGUGGUGUCUCUGAAAAUCACCAGAGCGGGACAUUCUGCAGAGUCUGCCUUUAUAGCUGUGGAGGUCAAUGGAGUAUCUGCUGUGGUGGGAAAAGACUUUACAGUGAAUCCCUCCAAGCUUGUUCAGUUUGAUCCAGGAAUGUCAACCAAGACAUGGAAUAUAGCAAUUACCUAUGACGGAUUAGAGGAAGAUGAUGAAGUCUUUGAAGUAACUCUGAACUCCCCUGUGAAUGCUAUUCUUGGCACCCGGACAAAAACUGUAGUGAAAAUUUUGGACUCAAAAGGAGGUCAGUGCAGCUAUUCCCAUUCUUCUGGCCAAAGCAAGCACGACUUCUGGAGGAGAGGCAUGCUGUUUCCACUUUCCUCAGGCUCCUCAUCACCUUCCAGGCCUGGCAAUGCUCCCUUGGAAGGGAUCCCACCGUCUCCCUCCAAAGGGAUGAAAGAGCAUGGAGGGGACCUGUGGCAGGGACACAGCUUGGCGAAUUGGUCCAGGACCAGGCUGAGAGUUACUGGAAAUGGCAGAAUAGUUCAUCCUUCAUCUGUAUUCAGAAAUGGAACUGAUGUGGUUUUCCAAUAUCACAGUAUGAUAUCACUCAAAAUAGAGGAUGACACCUCAUCAGCUAAAGCAAACAAGAAAGCUCAAGUGUCAGUAAUUAACCAAGCACAGCCACAGAUAAAUGUCGUCUCCUCUAGGAAGACGGAAGUCCCACAAGCUGAUAAGGUAGAACCGGCAUCUGAACCAAACUCAAGACAUCAGGACUUUUAUGUUUUUCCAAAGGCCUGUACACCAGAUUUAAAGGGGCUCUUGCAUUAUGAAGAAAGCACUCAAAAGUUAUUUCAGUGUGAUGGGAUAAUAUGGAAAUUCUGGAAUUCCCAAGGCAAGGAGGUAAGCCUGAAGAAAUGUCCCUCUGGAUGGAGUCAUCAUGAGGGCAGCUGCUACUUCCUGGUGGUGAAUCACAAGGUCACCUGGAACACUGCUGCUCGUGCUUGCAGAGAACAAUACCUGGGGAGUCUAGCAAGCGUGGCUAAUGAACAACACAUGCAGUGGCUAUGGGACUUCAGUGGGAGGAAGCCCUUUUGGAUAGGCUUGAAUGACCAAGUCAAUCCUGGACAUUGGGAGUGGAAUGGAGGAGAACCUGUAACCUACAUCAACUGGAGAAGAGGGUCCUACCACUUUCCAAAGAGAGGAAGAAAUUGUGUAUUGGUGCAGAAGCGAGGAAAAUGGCAAGCAACCGACUGUGGGAAGGUCAAACGGAACAGCUAUAUAUGUUCAAGAAGACUGUAAAGAGAGGAGGAUCCCUGUGAAAGCAUGCGGACAUUCAUGUUGUUUCAGUUCUAUUUAUCUGUAGACACGUAAGGGUGUGCAGUUAGAAAACUGUCCUAAUUGUCAGCAAGGUUUAUUUUACAUGCUGCCAGAGGUGCAGAUGCAUUGAACUUUAAUCAAGGAAUAGAGGUCAGUUGCAAAGAUUAAGUCCAGGUUAACUCUCCCCAAAGACUUCGAUCUGUCACUUAGUCCUAUGUAUUUUUAAACCAAAAACCUAGGCCUGAAGGCUUUCAUCACAUUUCUAUGUAAAAAUAUAUUUUAUUUUUUUUUUUAAAAAAGAAAGUAGCGCAUCAGUUGAUUUGCUUUGUUCUUAGGGAGGGGUUGUGCAUUGGCUGUUGCUUUAAUUUGUUUGUAAUUAAAACUGCAGUUUUACCGUGCAGUCACAAAAAAAAGGAAGACUGCUUGGAGUGGAAGUAAGAGCAGACUCUGCUGGCUAAAAACAGGUCCUCUUGGUUGAUGAAGGGGGGGAACAUAUGAUGUCAGGAGACUGGGGCUUUUUCAGUGGUUGCCCUGGUAUAACAUCUUAUGAAAAUACCAAUGAGAACUUAGUGACAGAGCACCAACAGGAGCAAAGCCUUUCUUUUUCUACCUCCCAAGGCCAGCCUCAGAUCCUAAUGGAUCUGCUCACACAGAGCUACAUAUUGUUUCACAUUCCUAGCCAAAAUAAUUCAAUUUUUUUUGGAGUUGCAGGAUGGUGCUGUAAUUUUUAGUGUAAUUAAGUAACGGCACCUCUGUAAAUCUAAUAUUAUCUUGGCAUAUUCAGUGAUACAUGAACAUCAAUAGGAUUUAUAUGUGUCUAUAAACCAAUGUAAUUGUGAGACAUAUUUUUUACUAAAGCAGAUAUGGCUUUUGAAAAGUAUUAAUGUAAGUCUUUAUUAGGCAUUUGAGGUUUUUAAAAAUAAUAAUUAAAAAUCCAGACUUAGUUCUGAGAAAUGCUUAAAAACCAGCAUUUAAUAGCGAAAACCAGCUGCCUGUAACUUAAUUUUUACUUAUUUUAAAUGUAUGCAGUUGCAAUAUUACCAUUUCAUAACAUUACAGUAAAUUUAUAUUCAACCUGUCAAAAAUCAUCCUUUAGGACAUUCUUACUGCCAGCCUUUAAAAAAGUCAUAAGCUUCCUAAAAAAACUAAAAUAAAAUUACAGCUCCUCUCAAGCCCUCCCUCUGCCCACGAUGAGUGUGUCACAGUUGGUGUGGCACUGAGUAGGGUGAAUUUGCCCUAUAUUUUAUGAACUCUUAUCCCUCUCAAUCUGCCUGCCUGCCACCAGCAGCUGAUUCUCCCCUUGCCUCCCUCCUAUCAGCUUGACUAUUCGGCCAGCCUCUGGAUCAAUUGCAUCUGUACAGUGUUUGCACCAGAGGACCAAACUCGCCUUCUGGGGUUCCUCACAGCAAUUUCUCAGCCGUGAGAGGGACAGGUGCAGCAGAAACAUCUCUCCUCUCUGGGCUGAGGGACACUUGUCUCAAGGAUUAAUUAUCCCUCUUCCUUGCCUUUGGCAUGCGUGGGUUAUUUAGCCUUCCUCCUUGCCUGUAGCACGGUAAAUGAACAUGCAUGCGUGUAGCUUUCUGAAAGGACUGUUGCAGAUAAGCAUCAGUGAAUUGUAGAAUUGUAGAGGAAAAAAUACUGUGGACAGAACCUUCUCACCCUUAUUGUUGGUGUCAACAGACAUAGACAAAAACAGUUUUAAGAUUUCUUUUUUUUGCCCUGAGCUUAUAGACACUCUGCUAGACACUAACAGUUUUGCUUAAGGAGUUUUCUAGAUCAACACAGAUAGGCUAAUUUUUUCAAGAAUUCCCCAAACCAGUAUUUUUCACUGCAAAAAGAAUUAGCAUCUAAAAAAGCACUCUUGGGAUCUCCUGCUGUUACGUUCUGGAAUUCCAGGGAAAGUUGACGAAGAGAGCUUACUUAGACAUAAACUUUUAUUUCUUUAGGGCCUUCUUUUUAUAAAAACUGCUGAGUUUAUUUGUGCUACCUUGAUAAAGCCUGUUGAGACUAUUUAAAUACCUCUCCUAAUUAUUUAGUAAAUGAAUGCCAUCAACAGAGAGGGAAUUUUGACCAAGGUGCUUGUUACUUGAUCAGUAACUAAUAAAUGACUCGUGUCUAGUCUGAGACAACAGUGAUCUCAGAGGUUUUCUUUUGUGAGAAAGGAGAUCUUCCCUUUUCUACAUUUUGUUUUAACUGCUUUAAAGUGAGUGAAAACUAUGAGGAUCUCAGUACACAACAGACUGCUAGUUGUGCAAACUGUACGUGUUUACUGGUUUCAUUAGAUCUAAUACAAUACACUAAUGAAGCUAAAAUUCUUAUAUUGCAGUGCAAGGAUAUUUCUGCCCUGAAAGACUGCUGAAUUGUUUUGCAAUACAAUGAACUGUUCCAAACACUUAUUCAUAAAUCUUCCAUUUUCUGUCCUUAAAAACCAAGUAUUUUUCACAGAUUUCUACAGCUUUUAUUAGAAUAUUUGAGUUCAAAGAAUACAACAUACUCAAGUCAGGGAAAGCACAAAUAAAUCAGUUUUUCUGUUGCCAUAGGAAGUUGUUGUCUCUAAGAGGUUUAGUCAAGGAAGAGCCUAAAAUCCUGGGAAGUUAUUGGGAAUUUUUCCAAUCUUCACUACUUUUGAAUACACUCUGAGUAAACUCAGGGGAAAAUCAGUAUUCUGAGGACGAGCAUCAGCAGGCGAAUUUCAAGAUGCUGAAAGUAAGCACAAGGAGCAUGUAAAUUCAGGUGUCCGCCCACAGAUGCCACACUUUCUGGUUAAACAAAGGAUUUAUUUCACCAGAACUUUUAGGAGCAACAGAACCAAGACACAACAGCUUACUGAAAAGAAACCAGUGGUUAGCCUAUAUUUCUAUAAACGGAUGGGCAACAUGAGUCCUUUGUGUGCCUGUCACUUUAAACCACCUUCUCUCCCUGUCAAGUACCUUUUAAAUCUGUUGGCCAAUUUCAAACAAAUUUGACAGAGAAGCAGUUGACUCAAAGGCAAUGGUUACGAAAAAAAUGGAUAGGCAACUGGCCACAUGAGCACUUCUUCCAAACCAAAAUACUCUUAAAAAAAUUUGUGUUAUUAUUAACCUCACAGAAUUUUUAAUCUGAAAAAUAUUAUAAAACUUUUCCAGAUCUCUUUUGUACACUCCGGAAUUUACUGAAUGCCUUCAAGUCUUUAUUCACUCAUUCUACAAUUAUAAAACUAGCUUUGAGAGAAUGAUAUAUACAAUUCAGUGAAUACUGUGACUCUACAUUAUUUACAUCACAAGACUGGUGCUGUUAGAAUUCUUGUAUUCAGAACACUAUAUUUAUUGUGCUGUUUAAUUUUGUAAUGUGUGUUAAUACAAAACUGAAACAUAUUUUGGUGAAUAGGUACUUCUUCAGUUUCAUAAUCUCGUAAAAGCUUUUUUCCUAGUGAUAAAAACUAUAGUGUUGGGUGUAGUAGAAAUGCACUUAUAGUUAAGCAUAAUAUACCUACUGUUUACUCUGUGCGGUUUCUGAAUUUUGUUUCUCCUGUAUGAGCCUGUUACUGAGUUAAUACUAUAAGGGCAUUUGUGUGAUGAGCACACCUUUUUUAAAAGAAAAAAUGCUGUUUAUGUUGGAAGUUAAAUUUAAGAAAAAUUACAGAUCUGCAAGCAAAUAAUGCAAGAUGAUUAAAGGAAGACUGUUAGUCCAUAAAAUUGCAUUUUAAUAUGAUUCUUGAUUUAAAGAAGAACAUGAAAAUGAGGUCAUUUUCCCUCAGUAACCUCACUCAUCUUCAUGGAAGAGAUGCAGAUGUUAGUUCUCUUCUCAUUACCCUUUAAAAAGCUAUGCUGCUUGUAACAUGGAGAACUCUGCUACUCCAACUCCAUUGCUUAACUACUAUCCUCUACACAAACUGUAUAAGGUUAGAAGACAAGAACACAAUAGGGUUGGUUUGUUUAUUUUUAUAGCAUUGAGAUAAUGUAUUGUUUUCAGUCAGAAGUAGUCCUAAUGAUUAGGUAUACGGUAUAUAAGUACUGGAUAUAAGCACGGUAAGCCAAAGAAUACAAUUUUAUUCAUACAGAUGAAAUUUUCAGAUAAGUCUAAAUAUAUUUUUACUUUAAUAAAAGAAACCUUAUCUGCA